GCGGAUCGACAGUCAAAACGGCUGGUUCACGUGUAUGUGUGACACGUCAUUCAGUAAGUCGACCACGGAAGUGUUUCCACGGAUCUGCCAUCCGACAGACAGCACUACUAAAGUAUUUCAUCCAGAAUGGGGGGGUUCUUUUCCAGCCUUUUCUCGGGCCUGUUUGGCACCAGAGAGAUGAGAAUCCUCAUUUUAGGCUUGGAUGGAGCUGGAAAAACCACUAUAUUGUACAGACUUCAAGUGGGAGAAGUGGUCACCACAAUUCCUACAAUUGGUUUUAACGUGGAGACUGUGACGUACAAGAACCUGAAGUUUCAAGUGUGGGACCUCGGUGGACAAACAAGUAUCAGGCCGUACUGGCGGUGUUAUUACUCCAACACAGACGCAGUGAUUUAUGUGGUAGACAGCAGUGAUCGUGAUCGUAUGGGCAUCUCCAAAUCGGAGCUGGUGGCUAUGUUGGAGGAGGAGGAGCUAAAGAAAGCCAUCCUGGUGGUGUUUGCAAACAAGCAGGACAUGGAACAGGCCAUGACGCCUACUGAAGUGGCCAACGCUCUCGGUUUACCUGCGCUCAAGGACAGGAAGUGGCAGAUCUUCAAGACGUCUGCUACCAAAGGCACAGGCCUGGAUGAGGCAAUGGAAUGGUUGGUUGAGUCACUGAAGAGCCGGCAGUAAAUGCAAAAGCGAAGAAACAUCUUGUAAAUAGGAACUUCAGAGACUUAUUACUGGGUCCUCCUUAUCCUUUGGACCAAUGACUGCGUUCUUCCUAUUGUGUGAAGACCGUCCUCUUUUCCCGUUUAGUACAGAAACGUUGAGCGGCGUUGAACGGACUCUCCUCGAAUGAACUCCUCCCCCCUUUUGCUUCUCUACUGAUGCUUGUGUUUUU